GUGCUGGCAUCGCGUGCAGCGCAGCACGCGUCACUUAACGUCGCUGACGUCGCCGCAUGCUCCCCACCCUCCGCGUGCCAGUCGCGCGCUCAUUCGCCAGACGGAGCCACACGGACACCUAAAAAUUUGCUAAUAUGGCGGCGGAAGACAAAUAUUCGGAGAGCGACUCUGGCGAGCCUGGGCCAGCUGAACAGGCUCCAGCAUGUUCAGAUCCACCACUUGAAAUGAUCAAACACCCGCUGCAGCAUCGGUGGAGCUUGUGGUUCUACAAAAAUGACAAGAAUCGUAGCUGGGAGGAGAACCUCCUAGAGAUCACCUCAUUCGACACUGUUGAGGACUUCUGGGCCCUCUAUAACCACAUUGAGGUGGCCAGUAAGCUUCCUCUUGGAUGUGACUAUUCACUUUUCAAGUAUGGCAUCAAGCCCAUGUGGGAAGACUGCCGCAACAAGCAAGGAGGUCGUUGGCUCUUCAACUUGAACAAAAGCCAGAGGACAACAGACUUGGAUAACUACUGGCUUGAAAUUUUGCUGUGCCUGAUAGGAGAGGGCUUUGAUGAGUUCAGUGACGACGUAAACGGCGCUGUGGUCCAAAUUCGUCCCAAACUUGACAAGAUUGCUGUCUGGACUGCUGAUGUUCGCCGAGCUGAUGGCAACAUUAAGAUUGGACAGAUAAUGAAAGCAGAACCAUGCUCAGCCUGUGGACCUCUUCAACAGGCGAGGAGGAACGGGGGCGUGGAAGACAUUGAAGGAGAGGUUAAACAUGCACCCCCGAAACAUUGUUCCAUACCAGGCCCAUGCUGACACUCAGUCAAAACAAGGUUCCACGGCUAGGGCUAGAUAUCAAGUUUAAGAGUAAUUUAGGAAAACCAAGGAAUGAGGAACUGACGUAAAACGACGGAAAUGUCAUCCACGAAACUCCAAUGAACUUGCAGAUGUGCUGUGUUAAAGUGAAACGAACUGAAAUUCUAUGCAACUUGGCUGCAACAACAUCAAGCAGCAAGAGGAGAAAUGCAAAAAAAAAAUAGCAAGAGUAUUUUACAGUGAAGCAGAAGGACUUGCAAGUUUGGAGUGGUUAAUAACGUCUUUUUUUUUUUCUUGCGAAAGUUAACAAGUAACUUGUGCUGUUUCUUUUAUGUGUUGUCUGAGUAUCUGUGGGGUUGACCACUCCACAACUUUAGAGAUUCAUAGUUCACUCAGUUGUGUUCAAAUUGAAUUUGUCCAUGAAUCGGAAAGAUUACAUGCUCCAAGAAUUUCAGUUGCACAUAGUGCUAUAAGUGGAGAGUUCCUGUGUGCUCAUAAAAGGCAACCCUGUGAAGGCAGAAGGUACAUGCCUUGACGCAAGUGCUGCAGUUUGCAGCAGAUUCAUUUUUUAUUCAGUUGUUGCAAUUUUGCAGCAAUUUGUGCCAUUUUGGUACAUUUGUAUGUUGUUUUUUAUAGUUAUAUAAGGAUGUCUUUUUUUUGUAUUUAAUAAAAUAUCUUGUAUAUUGUA